UGUCAUGAAUUUUGUAUUGUUUAUUUGUUUUCUGCAGUCAGUUCUUUUGAAGAGGAGUUUGGUGUACUGCUGUCCCAUCUUUGGUUGGAGAUUCUGAUCAGAAUUCUUUUUGGUUUUCUGCUCAUAGUUUCAAACUUUUAUGGUGUUCUUUCACUCUUUAUUACUGCACCACAGAGUUUAUGGAUUAUUGCAAGCAUCCAUGAUGAGUAACUUCCUUUCGUUAUCCUUGCACUUUGAUUGCUAGUGAAGAAAACUAUGGGGAUGUUUGACUCUGAGAUGCUUUGCCUCCAACCUCACCCACCCCUUAAAAGAUACUUAGUUUCCUCCCUAUUUUCUGUAGAUUUUGUUUUUGACUUUGGUUUUAUACUACGUAAUUAGGUAAUAGUUACUAAUAUGAUUUUUCGUUGUAAGUUUUAUCUGAUCUUUGCACGAGGUGCCCUGGAUAUAUUUUCUUUUACAUCUGAUGUUCUUUCCAUCUUUUGUUGCCUUCUUUUUGUUGUUCUUUAGUGCAUUUCUUAUUUUUGCUCUAGAAGGAUUUUGUUUUUUUCUUUUUCUCUUUCAUCGGACUGAUGAUGUACCUAAGAAACCGCUCAAUCAUGCCAUUACUAGUGAUAUGGGAUGGAAGAUAAUGUAAAUGAUUCCGAGAAUAUUUAUGUGUUAUAACCUGUCUGUAAUCCUUAGUGGUGAGACUGGGACAAAUAAGACCACACAAACUCAAUAGUUCAAUGGGGAUAAUGCUGUCACUUAUCCAUAUUGCCGCUCUUUGGGGUGCCACUGUGCCUGUAUGUCAGAGCACCAUGCUGAAUGGUGGCUGGAUAAAAAGGACUUCACCAUAUUGCUUAAGAAGUUGUGUGGUGGAAGGUACGAGUCUUGAUGAUCAGUUGAACACUUCUAUGUUAAGCCUUCUCCUAAUUAGUAAUGAGAAGUCUGUAUUGGCUAUUGUCAGUGAUGUCAGGAGCAGUUUGUUCCACCUCAUUCUCUGACUUUACUUAGUAAUGGGUCUCAUGAAUUAGGAGCCGCCGAGCCGGUAAAGCAGUUAAAAUGUAAUGGCCGCUAUUUCUCCGUCCCAUGAUCAUGUGGAGGAUGAAGAAAAGUAUGUAUUGCUUGAUUUAGAUGGGGUUUCUGGGCAAGUCCAUAUUCCACCAAAUGCACCAUAUGUUCUAUCUGUAUGUCCAUAACGGUCUUGACACCUUAAACCCAAUUUUGGUUAUCGACAAUAAAGUAAAGUUGGUGAGUCAAAAGUUUGGAAAGAUUGGGGAAUAUGAAGAAACAAUUGGAACAUGCUUUGUUUUCACUGAAGGCGAAUCUGCUCCUGUUAUACAUGAAGAGACUGGACCAUCUGAAGCUAACCUUUUCUCCGGGAAAUUCAUAAUAGACCCGAAGCAACCUCCAGCCAAGGAAGUGAAUCCAGUGGCCCGCCUCCAUCAGAUUCUGAAGUUCAGAUUAUUACCCGAAUCUGAUAUCGAAGAUAUAACAGCGGAACCGACUACACAGACUGGUUUACCUGAUUGAUCAUAGAAGUAUGGUUGUUCUCUCAUUUCACGGAGGAGGAAGUUGAGGCGAGAAAAACAGCUAUCAGCAGUCAAAGCUGUAAGCAGGUUUUUGUGGAAAUUCGACAUUCUAUGCUCCUGUAAUGAUCAAGUGCUUCUUUCUCAUUGUUGUUUCGUAGUGAGAUUUUAGACCAAUCAGCAUCUCUCUCAUGUCUUUGAUCUAUGGGAUGAAAUUUAGUUCUGCUUCUGCAUAGCUGAAUUCUACUACAAAAUUGUAGUAAAAAAUGAAUGUCAAAUUUCGAUUCAACCAUAGUGAAUUUGGUCUCUAUACA